AUGGCGCACGCUGGGCUCCAACAUCAAGCACGCCUGGUGGGAAUGCUGCGGCUGGGGCCACAGGCCUGUUUGGGGCAGUUCUGCGCAUCUUGCCAGGCGAGGCAAUCCGAUCGCCUGGCGCUGAGCCACCUGGAUCGGGUGCUGCACGACUGCUACGACUCGAUCCAGGGGAUCUGGUCGGUGUCGGAGCUGACCAAACAGGAGGCGCGGAGCGAGAAGCACCUGGCCAUGAUCAAAGUUGUCAAGGACAGAUACCUCCCGCUUUUAGAUGUGGUCGAGGAGCUGUUGAGCCAAGUGGUUUUUGCGGAGGGGCACCUGGUGGUCUUCAGUGACCAAGAGACUUUAAAGGUCCGGGGGCUGAUCAGCGAGAUCCAGACCCGACAGACGGACUUUCGGCAGGCCUUCUACGAUGAGAGGAGGAGGCUUCUGGAGAACUUGAAGACGCUCGAGAUUGCGGAAGCGAUCAAUGAGCUGGAGGUGAUUCAUGCUGUGGCCGCCCACAUGAUGAUGGUGGUCAACGGUUUCAGGCAUUACGCAGAGAAGGUCCUGGAACAGAAGGACGAGGGGUCGAGCUGCCUCUGCGACAUGGAGGGCUUCGGCAUUAGCAGUCUCUUCAAGGGGGUGGCGACUGUGAAGAACGUGCGAUACUCCUUUCGGGUGGUGGUCUCCGUACUGCUUGGGUUUUUCACUGGCUACUAUGGAGGAGGCAUGGUCAACCCGGGCACUCCCGCCAUCGCCAAGGCCACGGCCACGCUGCUCAGCAAGUUCCCCGGCUCCGCGCUGGUGAAGAACCUGAGCCGGAUCCAGGGCGUUGUGCUGGGCACCGUGUUUGGGCAGCUGCUGGAUACUCUGUUCCACAGAUCCAGCUACUGCUCCUACUGGAAUGAGGUUCUGCUGGGCUUCUGCUUUGCGAACUACAUCUUCGCCACGAUCUUCAUCCACUUCUACGUCACCGACUUCGCCAUCAUGGGGAUCCAGAUGGCCAACUUCGGCGGCACGGAAAUGAUGACUGGGAAUUGUGGUGAGGAGGAGAACACGUCGAAGGCGGAAAGUAUUAUCACCAUCAACCUGCUGGCCAUCAUCUUCCUGGUCUCUGUAGACCUGGUCUUUGCCUCUGAGAGGGCCUCAGACAUGGCCACCUCGACUCUGCUGGAUGCCUGGUCGCAGCUCAAGACCAAAGUGGUGGAUAUCAUGGCUCCGGACAAGCCGGUGUGUUUCAGCAGCUCAGACCUGAAGGACAUCUUGGCCCGGGCUGAGAGUCUCGGCCGCGAGGCCAGCCAUGAGCCCAGGUACUGGCGCGUCGCCUGGCGGAGCCACAUGUUCGAGAACGUGCUGAAGGAGAUGCACGACGUGCGCUACGCCCUGUCCAGCCUGGAGAGGCUGCUGGCGCAGCGGGGCAACGACGGGGCGGACAAGGUGCGCUACUUCCAGCAGGUGCUGAAGUCCGAGAGUAUGACGGAGUGGUCGCGCAUUCUGCUGGAGAAGUUUGACUUGAUCUCCUCCAUGCUGGAGGUGUUCACGCACGAGACGCACACGCGCUGGUCCAUGCUGGAUAACGAGAAAGUCACAAAGCAGUUCCGACUGGACUUCUACAAAGUGAAGCUCGCGCUCCUCGAGGAGAUCGUGCGGGAGGACCUGUACACACCCGAGGAGGCCGGGGUCUUUGAGCCCAGAACGGAAGUUGCGGCCCUCGUUGUGGAUAACGGCAGCGGCAUGUGCAAAGCGGGCUUCGCGGGAGAUGACGCGCCGCGGGCCGUGUUCCCGUCCAUUGUCGGCCGACCCAAGAUGCCCGGAAUCAUGGUGGGCAUGGAUCAGAAGGACAGCUACGUGGGAGACGAGGCGCAGUCCAAGCGAGGUGUGCUCACCUUGAAGUACCCCAUUGAGCAUGGCAUCGUGACGAACUGGGAUGAUAUGGAGAAGAUCUGGCACCACACCUUCUACAACGAGCUGCGCGUGGCGCCCGAGGAGCAUCCGGUGCUCCUCACGGAGGCGCCUUUGAAUCCCAAGGCCAACCGGGAGCGCAUGACGCAGAUCAUGUUUGAGACGUUCAACGUCCCCGCCAUGUACGUCGCCAUCCAGGCGGUGCUGUCGCUGUACGCCUCGGGCCGCACCACCGGCAUCGUGAUGGACAGUGGCGAUGGCGUCAGCCACACGGUGCCCAUCUACGAGGGCUACGCCCUGCCCCACGCCAUUCUGCGGCUGGACCUGGCGGGCCGGGACUUGACGGAGUACCUCAUGAAGAUCCUCACGGAGCGAGGCUACUCCUUCACCACCACGGCGGAGCGUGAGAUUGUGCGGGACGUGAAGGAGAAGCUUUGCUACAUCGCCCUGGACUUCGACAGCGAGAUGAAGGCCGCCUCCGAGAGCAGCGACAAGGAGAAGACCUACGAGCUGCCGGACGGCAACAUCAUCACGGUGGGCGGCGAGCGGUUCCGCUGCCCGGAGGUGCUGUUCCAGCCCAGCUUCGUGGGCAAGGAGGCCAGCGGCAUUCACGACACCACCUUCCAGUCCAUCAUGAAAUGCGAUGUAGAUAUUCGCAAGGACCUCUAUGCCAACGUGGUGCUGUCAGGUGGCACAACCAUGUUCACGGGAGUCGGUGAGCGCAUGACCAAGGAGCUGACUGCGCUGGCGCCGUCCACUAUGAAGAUCAAGGUCGUGGCUCCACCUGAGCGGAAGUACAGCGUUUGGAUUGGUGGCUCCAUUCUGUCUUCCCUGAGCACCUUCCAGCAGAUGUGGAUUUCCAAGGGCGAGUAUGACGAGAGCGGCCCCACAAUUGUCUCCGAGUCGAACCUCACCAGCUUCCGGGACGACCCUCUGUGUAUGCUCUCCAUUUUCUUGGCCUGCUCUGACGCGAUGCUCCUGUCGAUGCGGCAGACCCAGCACCACAUUCUGCAGAUGUACUAG